CUUUCCCCGUAAGUAGGAACACCCCAGCCUCAGACAUGGCAGGAAAGGCUCUGAGAGGCUGAAAAACAAGGUAGGAUGGGCACAGGAGGGAAGGGGAGGGCCCAGCCCUGCACGCCACUGGGCGUGGCUCUACUCUUCCCACUCCAGAGCCAUGGGGAGCCAGGGUCCCAGUGGGCUGCCCCUCGUCUGUGCUCCCUACACAGUUAUGCUGCUGCCACUCGGAACAAGCCGCCAGGACCCAGGGGCCCGGAGCUUCUUCCUCUGGCUGCAGAGGAUGCAGGCUCUGGAGAGGGAGCAGGAUGCCCUGUGGCAGGGGCUGGAGCUACUGGAGCAUGGCCAGGCCUGGUUUGAGGGCCGUUUGAGGGAGGCACAGCAACAGCAGCUGCAUCUAGGGGCUCUUGGUGAGAAUUUCCUAGCAGAUUUACACUCAGAGCCUCAUGGCCCCCAGUUAGCCCAGAUUCAAAAGAUGAACAUGUGUUUGCGGAGUCUGGUUCAGGAGAAGUUCUCCUCACAUCCCUUAAAUAAGGCUGAUUCCCAUGCUGCCCAGGGCUGGAAGGGAAGGCCAAGGAAGCAGAACCUCUGGCAGCAACAGAUAGGCUGUAGGGGGUGGCAGGAGGGCGGAGCCUGGCCCCCUAGUGGAGCGGGGAGCACAGAUGCCCACAGUUUCUCUCCUCUUCUCCAGGAGCUGUCCAGGCAGAAGGCAGGCAUUCAGCCAAAAGGGGAGACCGUCCAGCUUGGCUGCCCCAAGAUGCGGGGGGGCCCAACCCGUGUGUAAAGGCUC